GCGACGACUGGUGCUAGGCUUCGAGUCCUGAGUCUGAAUCUUGGUAGCAUGGACAGCAUGACUUAUGACGUUUUCAUGACUUGGCUUUCUGAUGAAGGUAAACAUUAUGACAUCCUCAUGCUCCAAGAAACCCACCACGGCCUCGGCAAACAAUUUUCUGAAUGGGUGAUACCCGGAUACACUUUUGUGAGCAGCCCGGACCCUCAGAGCCGCUAUGCCGGAGUGGCAAUGCUCAUUGCCACGAGAGUGGCGAAAUCAGCACAGGUGCGUCAUCAAGUGCACGUUGCCGGUCGCCUUUUGCACGUUCGGGUUCCCAUAGGUAGUGGUAAACAGGCCGCUCAUCUUGACUUGGUCUGUGUGUACCAGUGGGCCUGGGACGCUGAUCCGGAGAAACAGCGUGCAGCCAAGCGUCAGGCCCUCUGGCAGCGUCUGGAUGCCCUCUUGAGGUCGCUGCCACAGCGAAACAGCAAGUGCAUCGCCGGUGAUUUCAACUGUGCCCUGCGCCCACGUGCAGGUUGCGUGGGGCAGCAUUUGCAUCGCAACACCGCUGGCUACCCAGACGUAGAUGAUUUCGGUGUCAUACUUGAAACUCACCACUUGUGUGCCCUGAACACUUGGACUCGUGCUGCUGCGCAUCCCACCUACAAGCAAGAGGGGGACCAGGCCCGGAGCGCGCAGAUUGACUUCAUACUGACGGGUCAGACGUCAGCAGCCAGCCUCAAGCUGCAUCAGCACUUCUCGCCAAAGCCGGUCCCGGAAGAGGCACUCACAGCUGAGCCCUGGCAGCAACCCGCUUCCCAACACGAUGUCAAAGAGCUCUGGCGUUGUCACAGUGCACUGAAGGCCGUCAGGCUUGCCAGAGAGCUUUGCGUAAGCGAGGCUGCGGCACAGGCCGGUGACAUGUACAAGUUGUUUCAAGAGGCUAGAACGCACCUGGUGAACUCCCGCAUCGAAGUGGGUGAUCGCAAGCUUGGUAGGAGUGCUAGCAUCAUGGGAGCCGCGAUGCUGUCCGUUGACCUUAGCCUCGCCUUCGAUAGAGUCAGCCAUCAGUACCUGAGUGACGCAUUGCGAUUUCUGAAUGUUGAUCAGGAUACCAUUACGCUCAUCCUCUCCAUUCAUCGUGCUAAAUACCACGUUCAGCACGGGCAACAAGCCUCAUGCUUUGACAUUUGCAACGGCAUAAGGCAAGGAUGUACGUUAUCACCUUUGUUGUGGGUGUGUGUGACGCAUUACUUGUUGCACAGAUUUGGUUUGAAAGCUGGUGCACAUGCCAAGGAGAGCUUGAUUCUUUUUGCAGAUGAUUUUCUUGCCAAGUUCAUUUUGCGGGACAUGCGGGACGUGCAGGCCCUGACCACACACGUUCGCUGUUUGUUUGAAACUCUUGACGAAGCCUGCAUGACUGCCAACCCGGAGAAGUCCAAGCUGCACAUCAAGGCUGCUGGCAUCCCAUUGAAGAAGUGGUUGCAUGCCCGGACUGUCACGCGCAAAGGCACGAAAUGCUUAGCCAUCCAAACACCGUUUGAUACGCUGUUCUUGCCUUUGUGUGACAGUCUCACGUAUCUAGGAGCCGUCGUCUCUUACGGGGCAUACGAGGACCAAACUGCUGAGCAUCGAGUCCGCUCGGCUCAGGCUAACGUUGCCAGGCUGGCUAAACAUCUUUUUACACAGCAUGGCAUGGGUCUUCGCGUGCGCCUCAGGCUCUUUUUGACAUGCGUGCGCUCGUCACUCUUGUACGGUAUCACUCCUAUCGGUAUCACUUCCAAAAGCCUUAGCCUGUUGCAGCGCUUUGAAGCCAAGUACAUUCGCAAGCUUGCCAGAUCUCCGGCACAUUUGACACUGGAGCGCACGCAGGAUCUGUAUCAUCGGCUCCAGAUUCCGACCUUGUAUGCUGCUCUGACGUCCAGGGCCAAUAGCAGCCUUGAGGCAUGUGAGAAACCAUUCCACUAUCCUGGUCAGGAGUCAGUCAAGACCUGGCUACAACUUAAGCUUCGAGAUCUUGCAGAGUGUAUCCAGCUCACCCAAACAUCACUCACCAAGGUGACAGCUGAAGGCAUCACAACUGAAGGUGUCCCAUGCCCGGUUUGUGGAAUAUACUUUGGUGACCAACAUGCAAUGCGCGCACACGCCACACAACGGCACGCCAUGAUAUUCACGACUAAGCUUGACACUGCAGCUGGUCGUAACAUCGAUCCUCGAAAGCAUAGUCUUGGAGGCAUGCCAACGUGUCGCCAUUGCAAGCGCGCCUUCCGAAAGUGGGGUGGGCUGAAGGGUCACGUACUAAAUGCGUGCCCAGUUCUACAAUCUCGGCCGCCACAGCCUCCUGGUCCUGGGCAGUCUCCUGUUAGCCAGCUCGACAACACACCUCCCACCACGAUUGAACCUCCUAGUCCCCCGAUUGCCCCAAACUGCCCGGCCAGUCCCACCCAACAGUCACCCCUGGCAUCCGUGGAUACAGAGGAUCCCACCCUGCAGGCAGUCGCAAAUGUACAGGUUCACAUUGAUGCAGCUGUAGCCGACUGGGUAUCUUUCGCUGAGGCGCAAGGAAAACGACUCAAGGACACCUGCAUCUUCUGCACGCAAUGGUGUAGCAAAGGUGGUGGGGUUAAGCAGCACAUUCGGCGCACUCACCCAAACCACUGGAAACAUCAUGAUGACGUGCAACUGCGGCUAAAGAAGCACUACCGCCUCAAGCUCACGAUGGCGGUCCCAACCCAAGCAGAGCUGGAAGUGGCCGCAAUGUUUGCAUCGUCCAUGCCAGCACUGGCGGCAGCCAAGUCUGCGCGCAGGGAGGACUCAGAUGCGACACCGGAGAAAUCGAAGUAUCACAAGACAGGGCAGUCCAAGGGCAUCCGAGGCAAGGGCCUCGGGAGCCUCGGAAGUCGCAAGCCGUCGAGUCCCACCAAGCCGACGGGGUCCCAACAGUUGCCAGACACGCUGACCGAGGAGACUGUGAUGGAACUCCUGGCGCUGCUGACGAGGUUAUCCCUCAAACACGAGGACCUCCUCGCGGCAUACCAAGCCGACACUUGCUACAUGAUGUACCUGGACACAUCCGGGGAUCUUUCCAUCACCGCCAACCUCUAUCAGGUGACCCAGAAGUGGCAAGCUAUGAAGAGAGACAACCCGGAGAAGCUGACGUCGAGUCUCAGAGUUACGCUCCUGACGACCCUCUUCAUGGAACUGCGAGAGCGCAUGAACAUGGCCCUCAGGGAGGACAAGCGUGGGACCCUCUCCAAGCACUCAUGGCUCAGCGAGUCCGAUCCAGCGACCUGGAAUUACCAAAAGUGGGACCCAGCAACCGAAGCCGUGGUCGUGGACGCCGGCAGGAUCGGACUUCCACACAGCGAUGCGUUGACCAUCAUCCAACGCGUGCUGCAGUUGAUCCCCGAAACGGUCCUCAUACAGAAAUUUCACAGCACCAGACCUCAGGCGGCAGAGUAUGCGAGCGACGUGCUCCCAUUCAUGCUCAUGGUGUCCAACCGCGGGGCUCUGGCGCAGGAACUCUACGACCUCUUUCAGCGGCUCUCGGACCUCAGCGCGAUGAGGUUGAUCGGAUCGCGCCUCCGACCACAUCGUCAACGUCGCCAACCCUUGGCCCUGACCCUGGGGCAAGCGGCAUCAGGUCUGUUGCAGGCCGCCCGGCAGAGCAACCCGAAAGACGAGGACCUGUGA